AUGACUCGAAAUCUUGGCUUUCGAUAUUUAUGGGUCGAUAAAUAUUGCGUCUCUCAAACAGAUCAAUCUGAUUUCAAGCACCAGAUUCGCCAGAUGCAUCUCAUAUACCGGUCUGCUCAAAUCACAAUGAUAGCAGGUGGAAGUAUGGACGCUAGCUCUGGAUUGGCGGGCAUUUCAACACCACGUGCGAAUAUGCAAACAAAGGGUCGAUAUGGGAGCCUUAGCCUAAUUACAUUCACCCUUCACCCAUGGGGUCCUGUAAAACUCAAUAGAGGAUGGGUGGAUCGGGGAUGGACGCUUCAGGAAAGCUAUUUCUCUCAGCGAAGACUCAUCUUCACCGACAAACAAGUUCUAUUCGAUUGCGAUAGGGGUAUCAUUAGCGAGGAUCUACAGCACUCCCAAAUCGAUUAUCUAUUUCCGUUAGGGAGAGGGAAACCUCAUGUCGUUGAGCAUGAUGUUCACGCUCUGAUAGUGGAUUACACUAUGAGAGUACUCACUUACGAUGAUGACAUCCUCAAUGCCUUCGAUGGCAUUCUAGCGGAUCUCGAGCAAAAAGAGCCGCCCGUUAGAUCACACUGGGGCAUAUGCUCAACACUGGACGCAUCUGGGCUAAAGAGUGAUGAAGAUACAAAGCUUGUUGUUGCCCAAGGUCUAACCAUUCAAGUUGAGAAACAAAGUGGGCUUAUCGAAGCUUGGGAGACGUUUGAGGAAGCUAGUCUAGCAUCCACUCAGCGACACCAUCACUCUCAGCGGAUACAUAUUUCGGCACCCUCUUUGGAAGUGAGGCUUGUAAAGAGCUCCACUUCCGUGCCCUAUCGUGGUCGCGAGAUACAUGGCCAUGAUGGAAAGGUAGUGCGAAGUGAGGAAGACGGUUGUUGGUCGGAGUCGGCCUACCCUGAUACGUCGUUCGAAAGUCUUGAGUUGUCACCUGACACCUAUGCAUCCAGAGAGACUAGAAUGUGUCAUGCUAUAUACCUAUUCUCAGCCGGCACGAUGACAGAUACGGAUUCUAGUACUGUUGUGCAUAAGCUAUUCGCAAUGCUCCUCGUAUCCAAAGUGGGGACCAACUGGGAGCGGGUUGGUCUAUGGAUACAACCAUUCAAGUCUGAAGAGGAGGCCCAAGUCUUUAGGCAAUGGCUUCAAAGCUCGCCGACCUACAAGACGAGAGACUUUUGGAUUGCAUAA